AUGCCAAAAUAUUAUGAAGACAAAGAGGAAGAUAACAGAGCCUGUGCCGGCAUCAGAGAGGACUUCAAGGCUUGUCUCCUUCAGCAUGACUGCGUUGUGAAGGAGGGCAAGAUGCCCAGUGAGUGUCUGAAGGAGGGCCACUGCAAAGCCCUGCAGACAUCCUUCUUUGAGUGCAAAAGGUCAAUGCUGGACACCAGAUCAAGAUUCAGAGGAAGGAAAGGAUACUGA